AUGUCGUUUUUAAAAAGAAAAAGUGAAGCCAUUUUACGCAAGUUAAAUUCAACACCACUUGGCAUGGAAGAACUUAAUUCCAUGGAUCAUGCAGAGCUGUCAGUCAGAUCAGAACAGCUCGAUCGUAUUCAACAUCAAUUCGAAUUAACGCAGUCACAAUUGGAGGAAGAGGACCCUGAUGAGCUUGAAACUACCACUCGCGAUGAAUUCGCGGCAACUUUCAUCAGAGUUAAGGCAGCGUUUACGAGGGAGUUAAACAAGUUGGAUCCUCAAGUAAUGUCAUCUACGAGACAUCAACCUUUACAGGAGCAACCAUCGGUCAUUGUGAUGAAACAACCAAAGUCUCGUCUGCCGCAGUUGCAGCUACCGUCAUUUGGAGGAGCGUAUACAGAUUGGCCGAACUUUUUUGGCAUGUUUCAAACAAUAGUACACGAUGAUACAGAAUUGUCAAACUUGGAAAAAUUCCAGCAUCUUCGUUCAUGCCUAAAGGGAGCAGCACUGGAUACUAUCCAAUCACUUGAAAUGCGUGACGAAAACUACACAAUUGCUAUGAAAUUACUUAGUCAAAGAUUUAGUAAUCGACGUUUGAUUUUUCAGGCACACAUUCAAGAGCUAUUCGGAUUACAGAGGGUGAGCACUGACAAGAAAUCAGGAGAGUUGCGUUCGCUGGUGGACAAAUUAGUAUCGCAUGUUCGAGCCUUGCAUUCGUUGGGUACGUUCGAACAAAUAGCUGAUUGUUUGCUUCAGUAUAUCGCUGCACAGAAAUUGGAUCCCGAAACACACGCAUUAUGGGAAGAAAAGGUUCCAGUUGACGAGUUGCUCACGUGGACGGACAUGACUACGUUCUUGCAGAGGAGAUGUCAAACAUUAGAAAAUGUGACUCAUGCUAUGGUAACAAAAACACCUAGCACACAGGUGAGCAAUACAAAGUAUCGUAAAAAUGCAUUUGUUGUUUCUAAGACUUCCACCAAAAGUUGUUCGAUUUGUCAAAAACAUGACCAUAUUGUAUACACGUGCCCACUAUUCGCAAGUUUGAGUCCAAGUGACAGGUGGAAGGAAGCCAAAAGAGCACAUCUGUGCAUAAAUUGUCUCAAACCAGGACAUCAGGUGCAGCAAUGUAAAUCUUCUACAUGUCGUUGUUGCUCAAUGAAGCAUCAUACCCUGCUGCAUUUUACUCAAGUCCACCAAGCCGUAACUGGUAUUUUAGAAACCACACCUGGUCCAUCACAGCCAGCUGUCCUCGUCACAAGGACAUCAAAAAGUCGCUCACCUUCACCUCUGUCACGCUCUUGUUCAACUGAAUGUGUGCUUCUUGCAACUGCUAUUGUUUUCGUUCGCAACAGUGUCGGAUCGCUAAUACCAUGUCGUGCAAUCCUCGAUUCUGCUUCACAACUCAACUUUAUAACGACGAGAUUAGCAAAUCAAUUACAAAUUAAAAAAUCAAAAUCGUCUUUAGCAGUUUCUGGUAUCGGAGAUUCGGAAUUUAUUGUUAAUUCUAGCGUCAACAUUUCAAUUCACUCUGUACAUAACAGCUUCAGUGUCAAUUUAGAAUCUGCGGUAACUCCAACAAUCACCGAUUAUCAGCCAAACUAUCCACUCGAAGUCAGUGAUUGGGAUAUUCCAGCGAAUAUCAACUUAGCUGAUCCUGAGUUUCAGAAGCCCCAACGUGUGGAUCUUCUCAUAGGUGCAAGCAUAUUUUUUGAUUUGCUUUGCAUUGGUCAAAUUCGUUUGAAAAAUAAUUAUAUUCUACAAAAAACUCGUUUUGGAUGGAUCGUAUCGGGUGGCCAAAGCACAUCGCCAAAGCUAUCAUCGCUUACAACAACCGUAACAACAUCGCUUGAGUGUGACGCAGGUCAUCCAUCUACCAAUGAACUGGUGCGUUCAUUUUGGGAAAUAGACAACAGCUUUGAGCCAAUUAGUAAGGCAACAAGAGAGGAACUCGAUUGUGAAGAUCACUUUAAGGCAAACUACAGUCGUUUGCUGACAGGCGAAUAUUCGGUUCGCUUACCUCUAAAGCCCAGUAUUAGCCUUCUUGGUGAUUCCUACGAGCAAGCGUUACGACGGUUUCUAACUCUUGAGAGGCGUCUCGAACGUAAUAAGGAAGUAAAAUUACAAUACAUAUCCUUUAUGAAGGAAUAUCUCGAACUUAAACACAUGUCUCCAGUAUCGAAGCCAAUACCAUCGCUACCCACAUAUUUUAUUCCACAUCAUUGCGUGUUCAAAAACGAUAGCACAACAACAAAACUUAGAGUCGUAUUCGACGGCUCAGCACAGACUACAACUGGUUAUUCAUUGAACAAUGCGCUGAUGGCAGGUCCAACCAUUCAGCCAAAGUUAGCCGACACUCUUCUUCGUUUUCGAGCAAAUCCGGUCGCCCUAACCGGAGACAUUUGCAAAAUGUAUCGGUGCAUUCGAGUCACCACACCUGAUAAUUACUUGCAAUGCAUACUUUGGAGGGACGAUCCAAAAGAUGACAUAAAAAUAUUUAAACUCGAUACGGUUACUUAUGGGACAAAGUCUGCACCAUUUUUGGCUAUUCGCACCAUGCAUCAACUUGCUGUCGAUGAAGCAGUUUUAUACCCAUUGGUUCCAAAAUAA